AUGAGGAACCAAGCUCGUCGGACACCUGCGCAAACAGGUGAUAUGCGGCAGCCUCGGGCACUGGGCGCUCCCGCGGCUGCGGAACAACAGCCGUUGAGCGCUUCCCCGCAAGAUGUUCCUAUGGAGACGAUGUUGCCCGAUUCGGCCCGGAUAGAUAAGAAUACUGGCGGUGAACAGUUGUUGGAUCGUUCACAAAGCCCCGAGACACAACCGUGGGUCUGCGUCGGUGACGAUGAGUUGACGUUCCUCGGGGAAACAACAACGCAGCGGCGGAUAGCCGCGCCUGCAGCAGUCCGAAGACAGCCCCUGAACCCGUACUUUUCCCUAGCAGCACCAGACAGGGGUUCCGAGCCCUACGGGGUUCGCGCUGACGAUGAGACGGGAGACUGCGAAGGCGAGGACGACGUGGAGGAGGACUCGUUUGUAUCCUCAACCAGUCAUGGCGACGGUAACUGCGAAGACAGUGACGGUACGACCGAUCGUCUGGAUCAUAUGCGGCCUCUGAUUCGUUCUGGUGUGGUGGAUGUGGAAAAUGCUGCGGAUUCCUCUACCGCUGGCUCCUUCGAUGAGAUCGGGCCCGCACGUCCAAUGCGCAGCGUUCCCAGUGUGCCGGAGAGCGACUUUAUCGAUAUGGAGCUGGACACGCGGAACCACCGGGACCUAUGCAGUAGACUCGUUUCCAAUGCUAUCGUUGUUUUCGAAUAUGUGCUCAGAGAUGUGACCAAACUGCUGCGGAGCCCGGUGUACAGACAGAAUAUGGACCAGCGUAGUGGAGGUGGUGGCGUAGCCGGUCGACUUCGCGUCACAUCGCCUUGGCUGGAGGCCUUUGGGUUCCAGUGGCGCUUGCUGAUUUUUCCACGCGGUAACGGCGACCCAGAGGGAAAAUUCAUGUCUGUUUUUCUGGAGUGUAGCCCGCUCGACUCUGCUAGGGAGGAGCAGAAAAAGAGUUGGCGAUCACAUGCGCGCUUCCAGCUCGCACUGAAGAAUCAAACUGGAGUGCGUCCGCCGAUUAUUCGGCGUGAGAUGGCUGGACACAUGUUUUCGCCACGGGAGAGUGACUGGGGCUUUCAAGAGUUCGCCCCAUGUGCAGAGUUGGAAAGUCCCCGCUUUGGAUGGCUCAUUCACGAUCAGAUUAUCUUUCGCGUCUGGAUCGAGUUCGACAAGGACUCGUAUACUUUCAGUGAGCAGUACGACUCCAAGAGAGAGACGGGUUUUGUGGGUCUCAGGAAUCAAGGCGCAACUUGUUAUAUGAACUCCCUACUUCAGACGCUGUACAACAUCGGGGCGUUCCGGCGCGCAGUUUAUGAGUUGCCCCUGCCACCGCUUGAAGGUGAAGCGGCUGAAAUGGUGGAUCGGGGCCUCGACAGCCAGGCACCUGCAUCCGAGACUUCUACGGGGACGCCGCUCACUUUUGCGCUCCAGCGGGUGUUCUUUGAUCUUCAACAUGAAGACCAAUGUGUGACCACCAAAGAGCUAACAAACGCUUUCGGUUGGACGGACGCCGAUGCCUUCACACAGCACGAUGCGCAGGAACUGAAUCGACUGCUCUGCGAUACACUGGAGGAGCGCAUGAAAGGCACACCUUUGGAGGGCACGAUCGCGCGCCUCUUUCAGGGUCAGGCGAAGCGCUUUAUCAAAUGUGUUCAUGUCGAUUUUGAGAGUUCGCACGAUGAGUGCUUCUAUGACCUAUCUUUGAACGUGAAGGGAUGCAAGGAUCUGUACGACUCUUUUCGGAAGUACAUCGAGGUGGAGACGUUAGAGGGCGACAACAAGUACUACGCGGAUGGAUUCGGUCUACAGGAUGCAAAAAUGGGGGUCCAGUUCAUCAAGUUACCACCGGUUCUCCAGCUUCACUUGAAAAGAUUUGAGUACGACUUCAAUCGUGAUAUGAUGGUGAAAAUCAACGAUCGCUAUGAAUUCUACCCGGAAAUCAAACUGGGUGAGUUUGUAGAUGGCUCCACUGGAGCCGACGAUGAAGAAUACAUUUAUGUGUUGCAUGCGGUUCUAGUUCAUAUGGGCGACGUACAUGGAGGUCACUACCACGCCUAUAUCAGGCCGGACCCUGGAACGGAGGAGGGCUCUAAGAUUUGGUUCAAAUUCGAUGACGAACGAGUCCUGCGCGUUACGGAGUCUGAAGCCGUUGAAGACAACUUUGGGGCACCACUCGCGGCGAACGGUGUACCCUUUCCGCCACAACGUCGCUUUACCAAUGCUUACAUGCUCCAGUACGUUCGCAAGAAGGAUGCGCACAUUUACUUGGGUGCGUCCACAGAGGCUGAUGUCCCGGAGGCGUUGCGGCAGCGAAUCGCUUUGGAAAAGGAGCUGGAAGAGAAAAAGAUUCGCGAACGAGAGGAGCUGCGCCAGAUGAUGAACAUCCGCCUGAUUACGCCGGCAAUGCAGAAGGGCUAUCACGGACUGGACUGGACGGAUCUGAAUCAGGGCCUCAUUCUACGGGUUCGACGUAGUAUGCUUUUGGGUGAAUUCAAGCAAAUGCUCUUGAAAGAGGUACUCAGUCCUGAAGGCAUCGAUGCGAGCAGUGCGCUGUCGAACGAGAACUUCGACGGGGACGCUUGCCAGAGAAUGCUCGUUUGGACGUUUGUGGCGCGCAUCAAUCAGACCAUUCGGCCAAGUCGCCUUCUCAACGAUGGAAACCAUGAGGAGCCACUCGAGAGGGCAUGGAAUGAUCGAGCAAUCGCCCGCAACAAUCAAGCUGGGGCAAGUCCCGGUAGCAUGGGUAGCUCGAUCCAUGCGGUGAACUUGUUCAUCGACGUCCGCCAGGAACCGGUCCGCUUGGCGGCCCUGUUUGACAAACGAGAGUGUCUCAUGCUCUUCAAAUGGUAUGAAUCGGCAGAUCCACCGGCUCGGGAAUCUCCCGAGCUUCGCGUCCUCGGCUGGGAUGUUGUGCCGAUGCAUCUCACGAUGCAGAAUCUAGUAGCUUUACUCAGAGAGCGCAAUGUGUUGCCCCGCGUACCGCUGUCGGAACUCUAUUGGUAUGAGGAAGUCACAAGUCAGGAUGCCAAGGAGAUCGUCUCUGACGUGGCGCUCUCGACCGCCCGUAAUCAGUUGCAAAGCGGAGAUAUUAUCAUAUUCGGAAGACGAUCACCUAUUCGGCAGCAAACUGAUCAGACGGCUCGGGCACUGAACGUGAACGAGUCGGGCAACAAUUCCGAAGCACCGGUAUCCAGUGCUGCGCUGCUCGCAAGUAUCUUGCAGGAUCCGGAUCUCUCAGUUGAGGAACAAGCAAACGCGCUCUACCGGCAUAUGUUUUGGGAUGCGCGGGACUUUCUCCGGCACCGUUGCGAUGUUCGACUGGUUCCGCUUACUCUUCAGAGAAUGAGCGGUGCUGCAGGAGACGAGCCUCUCACCGAGGAACCUUCUCGCGGGGGAUCCGUCGCAUCGGGACCCGGCUCAGAUCAGCAGAAUGCAUCAGAGAUCCUAUUACGAAACGUAUCCACGCAGUUGACGCAGUAUGGGUUAGGAACUCUGCUGGUCGCGAAACUGCGCAAUCUGCAUCAGCAGCAGCAGGGUCUAGAUUUGAUGCAGACUUGCGGAGUCACUGCCGAGGAUCUGCGACCUAGCCGAGUUCGCUUUCAUCGAAGAGGCUUUUCAUCGCUAGAUGACUUUCUCUAUCCGAGAGAUUCCGAUCCGAUCCCUAUGAGCGGUGCUCGAACGCGGAAAAUACUCGAAUGCAUCGUAUCCAAACAACGAAUUGUGAAAUUGUUCUAUGAGUUCAUCGAUACCGAUGCGGAAGCCUUCGAGGGCAAGCAGGAAGUGACGAUAACUUGGCGACCAACGCCGAUCGAUAUGAUUGGACGAAAAAUUCUGCUCGCCUUGCCGCUGAACGCUACCUACGGGGACCUGAUUCGGGAACUGGAGUCGAAAUUGUCCGUCACGGAGCGUACGGCGUUGCAGUCGCAAUACGCAGGCAUACGAGUGCACGAACUGUGGCAGAAGAAAAUAAUUGCUGGUAUCGUACCCUUGGACCGCACUGUUACGGUUCUGGGUCCGGAUAGCAACCGCGAAAACUUUGAGAUUCUGGCGGAACCGGUUCCGCCUCAUGAGACCCCUGAAGAGCUCUCCCGCCAAGGCUGUGUGCUCAUUCGAGUUGCGCACAUAUCGAAGAGUGCGUCACCACCGUUGUACGGGAUCCAGCAAGAUGAGAACUACGCCGCUGGCGGUCUUGCGACGGUGAACAGUUUCGGAUUGCCGUUUUUGCUGCGGGUGCCGUCGCCUGAGAUCCAUGGCACUUUGCCUGUUCAACAGCUCCAAACGCUUAUUCAAGAACGUCUCCAGCUACCUGAAAACGAGUUCCGACAAUGGCGCCUGCUGUAUGUACGUCCAGCGGAGCGGCAUCCCGUGAUCUACCUGCAACCCAAUGGGCACGAAGAGAGCGAGCGAUCCGCUGCGCUGGGCUCUCCAGAAAACACCGAAAAAGCUCACCACGGUGAACAACCUGUGAAUCAUUCGGAGACCACCAAGUCAGGGCGACCAAGCACUGAAAAGAUAUCCGAGUUGGCUGUGUCGAACGGUCGCCAGCCGAGCGUUGCAGAGGGCGUCACGGGAGCCGCGGUUGACACUGCUACCAUGCUUUCGGCGGAAGAGAAACUGCUGCGUCGGGGGCUCAUCAACCUGCAGGAUUGCAUUGUCGAGAACGAUGAUACUUAUGUCCACAAUUUUAUUGGUCUAGAGCAUCAUGAUUCGAACGCUACCAAGCGGAGAGCGACAUCGCGACUGAGAUACCUGAACGACAAGCCUUUGAAGAUUGCUUAA